AACCGUCGUUAAACCUUAAUUCGGCGGCGUGGCUGUGUUCCAGCGAGGAUCGCACAGGGCCUGGGAUCCUGCCGUUGUACAUGCGAGUUGUCCCACCAGGCUGCCCUGCUGCCCUGUGCUGUGACGACGUUAACGAACAUGUCGGGCUGUGCCUCCGGAAUCGCGUGGGGUCCCUUUCGCAUUCUCACUCUUCACGCCGCCCGCCCUCACCCAACAACCUAGAUAUCCUCGACGCGCUAGGGUAGCCAGUCGCUCGCUAUGGCUGCCUCAAUCAAGGACCGCAUUGCCGCGCUCAACAUCGAGCAGGUGCAUGCCCCGUCGCCCUCCAGCCGACCGACCUACACGUACGAGCAAGCCGCGACGGCGAAGAAGAAGCCGCCGCCACCACCUCCUCCGUCGCAAAGACCACCCGCCGCGCAGAGGCACCAGACCGUGAACAAUCCGCCUGUGUAUGACGCGCCUACGUCGGCCAGGCAAUUUGGCAACCAGCCUGCGCCUGUACAACCAGAGGCGCCCAAGAAAUCACCGGCGCUCCCUCCGCGCCCGCCUCCACGCAACAACACGCCCAAGCAGCCGCCCAGUCUACCGCCGCGCCAGCCCUCGCAAGCUGGUAGUCUCAGGCGGAGCGGUUCCAGAGAUUCGGUUCUCACGACUUCUUCCAGCAUAUCUCACCUCUCUCUGGACUCGACCAAGACCACAACCAGCAACGGCACCAGCAAUGGCGCGCGCAUGUACACUGUUCGAGCACCGGCCUACGACCCAACGACUCUUCCCCCGCUGCCUGCGAGGAAGGUCGAGGACCCCAAGGCGAACAGCUCCAUCAAGCGGGCUAUGCGAUCAAACACAGACGUGACAAGUCCAAAAGCCCUACCACCUCAACUCCCAUCGCGGCCUAGCUUACCAGCUCGGCCGGCUUCAAAAGCUCACAAUUCCGAGAACGAUCAACCAGAGAAAGCACGGAGGCUUCCUCCUCCUAAUCUACGUCCUGCGUUGGAGCUGGGCUUCAACAAUACCGCGAAACCGCCUUCGCUACCUUCAAGCAGGCCGACGCCCCGUCAGUCCAACGGAACUACGCCUCCCCCUGUCCCCCUUGCGUCGCGGCCGAAUUUGGAUGCUAUUCUGGCGUCGAAACCGAAACCUGGAGCUGCCCCUGCUUCGUGUCUGAUCUGCCGAGAUUUUUCAGGGCCUGAUCAACACGCUGCUCAGUUUCCUCGCACUAGCUUGCCCUCGUCCGAUGUGACAUGGCUGGCCACACAGUUAACGGCUCCAUUUCCUUCACCGACGGACAAGGCGCGUGCUAUCUUUGUCUGGUUGCACCACAAUGUGGAUUAUGACUGUCAUUCUUUCUUUUCCGGAACGAUUUCAGGAACCACGCCUGAGAAGACGAUCUCAUCGGGCCUCGCAGUAUGCUCGGGGUAUGCAGGUCUUUUCGCUGCUCUUGCCAUGAAAGCUGGGUUGGAAGCCGUCGUAGUUGGUGGUCACGGAAAGGGCUUCGGACACUCUCCUCUCAACCACGGCGAUCCUUUGCCACCGUUUAACGCGGGUCAUGCAUGGAAUGCCGUUCGCAUUGACAAUGGCCAAUGGAAGCUAGUCGAUGCAUGCUGGGGCGCAGGUAGCUUGGGCUGUGGUAACCAGUACAACCGGCACUUUACUGCAUCCGAGUUCACAAGGAGUAACGAAGACUUUGGAUACACCCACUAUCCGGAAAAUAGGGACUAUCUCUUCCGUAACGAUGGGCGAGAUUAUACUUGGGAAGACUACCUCAUGGACGACAUGGGUGAGCGACUCCAAAUCUACGGCGAUCCUGAAGGCGACCACGGCGUCAACCGACGCACUUUUCAGCCGGCUAUGAAGCACAUCAAGGUCCAGGACCCACAUGAUCCUGUAAUACGUUUCCAGUUCGCUGUCUCAUGCCCGCACUGGGACCAUGAACGCAAUGGAAAGGGGAAACCGUACGUAAUGACGCUGAAUGUCGGCGGUCGCGAUGGUAGAAAAACGCAGCAUAUACCGUUCAACACUGACGGCAAGAGCUGGUGGGUUGACGUCAAUCGAAUCGACCUCGGUGCUCCUGGGCAGAAGAUAACUGUUUGCGCGAUUACGUCUUUCGACAAUAAGGAUGGCAGAGGUCUUACGGUCCAACAAUACAAGGCGAAGCAGGGAAGAGUCGCUUCUGGAUGGGGUUCUGUCUGCUGCUGGGAAUUGGUCACCUGCGGCACCCCGACGCGAAAUGUAGAGCUUCGGGACGCGCCUUCGCUUUCACGACCUGCAGCAAUCCUCUUUCGUCCCACGCCCGCCUACUCUGAGCAUGUGUCGCAGAGCCUUGUGAUCCGAACACCCACAACCAUGGCGACUGCACUCAUUGGCAUCUCCGUGACGGUCACGCUGCAGAACCCGCCGAACACAGUGGUGGAGGGCCUAGUCGCAAAUGUCAACGCGCAGACAUCCACGCUGACGCUGCAGAAUGUCUUCUUCCCUGCUUCAGGACACCGUCUGAGCAGCUACCACGUAGAAGGGCACGCCAUAGCCGACAUCAGAGUCAAUCACGCUGCACCUGCUCAGCCUCGUGCUCAACAGCACAACCCUCCACCCGUCCAACACCAGCACUCGUACCCUCAGUAUCCCCAGCAUGUCCCUGCGCCAGCACUUCCGCCAGCGCCUCCCGCCGUGCGACCAGCGCCGCCGCCCUUCGUGGACCCCGCCAUCCUGAGCAUGGGUAAACGAACCUCUGCAGCACCGACUCCUGCGCAGCCGCCGCCAGGCCCGCCUCAGGAAGCACCUGCCACGCCAAUGAAACCCAUGUCAGCAGUCAGUGCUGCGUCAUUGCCUCAGAACACAUCACCGUUUGUUGGCGCAUCGAAAAAGCGCAGUGUUAGGAAGCCGAGCGCGGCGACGCUGGAGGGUCCGUUCUCGUCAUUGGACAUUGCAGAUGCGGAGGAGCAGGACAGCGACGAUAAGACAGUCAAGUCUACGCUUCGCAGGACGAGCAUCAACAAAACGCGCACUGGGAAGCCAAUGGAUGAGCCUGUUGCGCAGCCGGGAGCCAGGAACGAGGAGAAUGGCAAGCGCACAAGACGUGGCGGCAAGUCUCGCAAGAAGGAGGUCGCUGCACAGGAAAAGCGCAAUGGGAACGACAUCUCGUCUCCGGACGCUAAGCGCAAGACCAAGGACAACGGCUGGAGAAACACACCGAUGCUCCAGGACCCCGAACCGCAAAACAGGACUCCAGGAGUUAUUGGCGGGAGCGUUGGGAUGCAAGCAGCAAGUGCGUCAAAUCGCAAAACACGGCGCCAGAAAGCGAUGGAUGCGACUAACGGUUGGGCCACCGAGGAUGCGACCGACGUUCAAGACCUUCCUGAAUUCGACUUCGCCGCCAAUCUAUCCAAAUUCGACAAGCGUACGGUGUUCGACCAAAUCAGAAAUGAGGACACGACAGCAGACGAGGAUCGCUUAGUUAGUUUCAACCGCUUGGCCAGGCCUGGUACACAUGGUGGGAAGAAUUUGCACCCUACGGAGAAUGUCUUGGACGGUCGCAAGCUCAAGAGCGCUUCGGGUUCAGAGUCAGAUGAAGAGAUAUCCGACUUCGGCAGCGGACGCAACUCCAGGAGGACCAUGUCACGAGCCUCUAUCAAGCGGAUACCUACGCGGCAAGGGAGCGGUGUCCAAGGGGACUUCGACACUCAGAGUCAUGUCGGCGCGCCGACGCUGAUGACACGUGCGGGUAACCGUUCGCUCAUCAAUCGGCCGAUUCAAUACGCUUCGUCAUCACAUGCCACAGGAAGCCCAAAACCCGGCCGGAUAACUACACCUCCAGACUCCCCUAUGCUUGAUUCGUCAUUAAAAAGCUGUCUGCGACUUGCUAGCAGCAAUCGCAAAUGUCAUACCAUCACCCCCGGUGGUAUGCUCGCUGUCGAGGAGAUCGCUGAGGUCGACUACGGACUCACCGAAGAGAUCAUGGCCGAGAACGCUGGCCGCGGCAUCGCUGAGGUAGCCCUCUCAGCCAUCAAUCCUGGUGGACGUCGUCUCGCCCGCGACAAUCCCAAUGCGCGCCCCGUCGUUGUCGUCCUCGCCGGUAACCACCGUGGUGGUGCCCGAGCCAUUGCUGCUGCUCGCCAACUCAACGCACGAGGCCCCAGGGUCAUGGUAGCACUCCUGGGCUUCGAGCGCAACGCCGACUGGGACCGUGACGUCAGGAAGCAAGUUGACCUGUUCAAAAAAUUCGGCGGCAGCGUAAGAGCCUGGUCGGACACGGAAGACGCGCUCAAGCGACUGCAGGCGCCGCCCGAACUCAUCAUCGACGCGCUGCUCGGCCGCAACCGCGAGUUCGACGCCCUCGGCGACGAGGACAGACGCACCGUCCUCGCUAUCGUCGGAUGGGCGAACAAGUCUCGCGCUGCGUGCCUUGCCGUCGAAUCGCCUUCUGGUGUGGGCGGGAGCACGGGCGAGGUCGCUAUCUUGGAGGGCGAGCCGCUCGAGGUGCGGGCAAAGUACAUUGUCUGUCUGGGCGCACCGCGGUCGGGGUUGCUCAAAGCUCUACAGAAUGGAGCAGGUAGGGAUCCUCGCUGGGCGAUCUGGGUCGUUGAUAUUGGCGUUAAUCGGCCGUGGAGGAAUGCGGGGGUUGGUGGUGGGAAGGGGAUCAAGUUUGGAGAGGAGUGGGCUGUGCAAGUUGAGUUUGUGGAGGGCUGAGGGACUGGAGAAGGUAUGAAAGUGAAGGCGGAGAAACCAGAAUUGAAGAAGAGAGGAAGAAUAAGCAUGACUGUAUGAUAGCAUGGCUUCUGAUGCAUUGCGCGGCGUUACUUGUUCUUGAAGGAUAAGCAGCAGUUCUCGUUAGCUUUCAAGGGUGCUAGCGAAAGGUAUCUACGGAUUUACAUUGUGCUGUGGUUUUGUGUGAG